AUGUCCGCCUCCGUCGCUCCGUCGCUCUACCUGCUCCCCGUCCUCCCGCGAAACCUGCACAAGUACCUGCCCAUCCUACGCUGGAAGUACCCGCUCGUCCAAGCGCCCAAGCAGCUGCCGCACGAGUUCUUCUUCUACGCCGCCCGCCGCAGCGAAGCGCCUCUCAGUGUCCCUGCACGUCGCUUCCGCCGUCUAGCCGCAAUCAACCGCGCUUUGCUCCUGCUUCAGGUCUUCGUCUGGGGCCCGUUGUACCUCGACAAUUGGGACGUGGGGACUGGGUCGGCCAAGAUCCCCGGGACGACCGUGAAGCUGCCGCUGCCGGAGAUCAAGGGUUGGAAGGGCGAGGAGCGGGAGACUGUCUGGGCCGUCACCAAGGAGAGAGCACGACGCAGGCUCGAGACGGAGCGCGUGGAUGCGCUGGGAAACGUGCAUAGAGUGUAUUACGAUCCGAGCCCCGGCAGCAUCGUAGACGUGACCUUCGACGAGCAGUACGAGUACCUAGGAGAGGUGUGGUGA